AUGUCCGACUUCACUGGUGUUUCACUCAAGGGCAAGACGGCCAUCGUCACAGGAUCCUCUCGGGGCAUCGGUGCAGGCAUUGCCCUUCAGCUUGCUAAGAGAGGUGCAAAUGUCGUAGUGAACUAUGUCUCCGAGGGAAGCAAAGAUAGGGCCCAAGAAGUUGUUAAUCAAAUUACCAAAAUUGGAACCAAAGCUAUACUCUGCCAAGCCAGCGUCAUGAAGCUUGAUGAGAUUCCAAGAUUGAUUGAAGCUGCUUUGAAGAUUAGCGAGACUGGAAAGAUUGAGAUCCUGAUUCAUAACGCCGCUCUUGGUUUAGAGGCGAAUUUGGUUGAUACGUCGCUCGAAUUGUAUACAACCCAUUUUGACUGCAAUGUUCGCGGCCCAAUUUUCCUGACAAAGGAAGCCCUUCCUCACCUGCCUCGUGGAGGACGCAUCGUCUUCAUUUCUUCCGCUGCCGCCCGUCUUGGUGUCGCGGGACACACUGUGUAUGGGCCAACCAAGGCAGCAAACGAGGCCUUGGUCCGUGUGUGGGCAAAAGAACUAGGUCAUUCUCACGGUAUUACUGUUAACUGUGUUAAUCCUGGGCCUGUUGCAACAGAUCAAUGGUUCCAAAGUGACCCCCAGUUUAUCAAGGAUAUGGAGGCCAUGAUCAAUGAAACGCCCGCUGCCCCUCGAGUUGGUGAAGUUGAUGACAUUGCGCCGCUGGUUGCAUUCCUUUGCAGUGAUGAUGCCAGAUGGACCGCUGGCUCUUGCUUGUCUGCUAACGGCGGUCUUUAUAAUUAA